AGAACAAUGUUGUUAUGUUUUGUAAUGAUUUUGAACAGAUGUAACAUACACAAUCGAUGCGACGAAAGGAUUAGCUUAUCUCUCAGGCAAGAUCAGCCCUGAGAUUAUUCUGAGGAUUCGUAAAGCUAAGAAACAUGCUCAAUUAAUCCACAUGGAUUAUGGUCACGUUACUCCUCCUCCUCCUCAAAACUUUCUGCCACCGUGGCAACAAUAUUCGCCGAUGUAUCAACAGGUGUCGGCGCCAAUGUCUCCGAUGUCUCAGUAUAUGAACUACCAACAAUUUCCGUAUACUGAACAACAACAACCUCCUGCGACGUAUCCGUAUUAUUAUUAUCCUUAUUACGUACCGGAAAUGUGGUAUUCUUCGCCGCCGCAGUUACCGACGCGAGACGGCGUUACCGGCGAGCCACAGUGUCGGAUUUUGUGAAGAUGAUUUGGUUUCAAACGACGUCAGUUUGAAGAUUCCGACGUUUUUUUUUUUUUUAUACAGCCGCGUUGUAGUAUUACAAUUGGUAUUGAUUUGGUUGAAGUGAUUUUUGUAGCUUAUACCAUUUUUUUAAAAAAUUAUAAUUUUCAUCAUUAAUAAAGUUUAAUCACAUCUCGAGUUUUCAAUG